AAUUAUAAACACCGACUUGACCAACGAGAGUGAGAGAGGAGCAACUUGCAAAGGAGAAUUCAGGGGGGAGGAAAAGAUAGACAAGCAAAAAGCUCUCUCUCUCUCUCUCUCUCUCAUGGGUGAUUGGGGCUCUGCAGGAUCCUCCUUUACAAGGUCAGAGCUCCAAAAUCCCCAAAAGGAACAACGACGACUCCAACAAUCCCUUCUCAUCAAAACUCAUCAGCAAAUGACCACAAAUCUCAGCUGGUGGGUCGCCGUAUCUGUCAACAUCCUCCUCCUCCUCGUUGGCCAGGUCGCCGCCACUCUCCUCAACCGAUACUACUAUGAUCAAGGCGGCAACAGCAAGUGGCUCGAAACGCUCACUUUCUCCGUUGCGUUUCCAAUCCUGUACAUACCUCUACUGUUCUUCAACACAUCAGUGAAGAACGCUUCGAUGCAGCAGGAUUGUUACCGACCUCCAUUUCUCAGUCUUGUGCUUGUCUACGUUGGUAUCGGUCUUAUUACUGCGGCUGAUAGCCUAAUGUACUCUUAUGGCCUCCUCUACCUCUCUGUUUCUACUUACUCUCUUUUAUGUGCUACUCAACUUGCGUUCAAUGCUGUCUUCUCUUACUUCAUAAAUUCUGAGAAAUUCACUCACCUCACACUUAACUCUGUCGUCCUGCUCACCUUCUCUGCUGCCGUUAUUGGGAUUCGCCAUGAAUCUGACUCGUCGACCGUUGAUCCUAGAAAGGCCCCUCUUGGUUUCUUCCUCACACUGGCGGCCUCCGCCACAUACUCCCUCAUCCUUUCACUGAUGGAGCUAUCUUUCGACAAAGUCAUCAAGAGCCGAAACUUUUCUUCGGUCCUCAACAUGCAAAUAUAUACAGCCCUAGUAUCCACAAUCGCCGCAUUUGCAGGUCUAUUCGCUAGCGGAGAGUGGAGGUCUCUAAAGGGAGAGAUGGAGAGUUUCGAGAAAGGAAAAUUAGGAUAUCUGAUGACUGUUAUAUGGAGCUCGGUAGCUUGGCAAGUUACAAAUGUUGGACUUGUAGGGUUGAUAUUUGAGGUGAGCUCAUUGUUCUCUAAUGUCAUUAGUACUCUGGGGAUACCGAUAGUGCCCGUGUUUGCAGUGAUUUUGUUUGGGGAUAAGAUGGAUGGAAUGAAGGUGAUCUCGUUAUUGUUGGCUUUGUGGGGAUUUUUUUCCUACUUCUACCAGCAUUAUAUUGAUUACAAGAGUCAGAAGAAGGGUAGGGAUGUUGAAGGCAAAGAUGAGACUAGCGGUGCGUAAUGAGAUGUGAAAUGUCUUAGAAAUUUUAGCAUAAUUAAAGAAGAUGGAGAUACUAACUCUGGUAUGCUCUGUGUACAUAUAUGUAAGAGAGAUGAUAAAGUUACUUAUAUGGGUAAUAUUGUUCCCUAAAUCUUUUGUGGAAGUUUUGAAAUUAUAAGCUAUAUUAAACGAAUAAC